AUGCAAAUGUUGGUAGAACAUCGUAUGCCUAACGAUAUCAAUAUUGUGCUGCCAGUAUCACCAGCAACUGCAACAACCGCAUCACCUACAACAUCAACAUCAACUGCAACUGCAACUGCUACAGCAACGGCGACUGUAAAUGCAAAUGCUACUACCAUCACAAGUAUGAGUUCUAGUAAUAGUCCCACAAACUCUACAUUCAAAUCCACUACUAAAAGGAAAAGAUCAGAAUCAUUGACCAUUUCGUCGUUUGAUCACUUUUUGAGCGCAUCGGCCCCUGUUCCUGUCACAAGCAGCUUUACAAACCGAGGCCCACUAUUGCAACUUCCAUCUGCAUUGGAAACAAAUGUGCUGCGGCAAGCCUUGGCAGCUGGUGCAACAACUGGCACAAGUGACACAUGUAGUACAACUACCACAAAUGCAAAUGCAAAUGCAACAAUCAGAGCAUCUACUAAACCAAGAGCAUCGCCAUCCCCUCCACCUUCGGGUUUAUCUACUAAUGAUUCAAAAGCAAUAAGUGUGCCACGGCGUAGAAUGGAAAACAAGACAAGAUCACCAGGAAGAUUACUGCCUUCAUCAACAGCAAGUAGUACAGCAGCACUUGAAAACAAAAUCUGCCAAUGGUAUUGUUGCUCCUGUGGACAAUCAUAUGGCUCAGUGUUGUACAAGGAUAAUAACACAAACUUGCAACGCUCCAACAGCUUGAAUGAAGAAUGCACUGAGUCAUCUAUUAACUCAACCGUUGCUAACAAUACUAGUCAAAAUUUAAACACGGCAGCAAAUACAACAACUUCCAACUUGGGUUCAAGCAACUCCAGUGCUGCUGCUGCUGCUACUUCUUCUUCCUCCUCCUCCUCAAACUAUGUCUUUGACAAUCUCAGAUAUUAUAGCCUGGUUGUCUUUCAAGACCAUAAGCACGUGAUUAUGAAUUCACCGAAAUUGCAAAAAGCUGAAGGCUACUUUGAUCACCGUAGUACACAAUCCCAAAUCUCAUACAACUCUGCAGCAAUCAGAAAUGCCGAUGGAAAUGUACAGACAAACUCUACAACACCGUGCACUUCACAUACCAAUCUCACUCAUUUGGACACUACAUGUCCCGAAAGCCCCACAAUAAAACCACACACACCGAUAUUGCUGCCACUCCAUCUCGAUCUAAACAAUAGCAGCACAGGUUUAAUUGAGUACCAAGAUAGAGUCAUUUUGAACACACCAUCCCGCUUCACGUGCCAUCGCUGCGACCACAUGAUGUGUCCAUACUGCUUGAAAUUGAGAUUCAAAGACCUUGACAUUUAA